GGGGUGCAGAGAUACUUGCUUCCUCCCUAUGAGUGUCGCGCAAGCUGAUUACGUCAAAUCCACGCGACAAAUGUUAUUUAGCUAAGUAGCGAGAUAAGAUUCGUCUCUAAUGGAUAAAUUACGAUAAAUUGUGGACGUAAUGGCUGACUAUUGGAAAUCCCAACCCAAAAAAUUCUGCCAGUAUUGCAAGUGCUGGAUUGCAGACAACAAGCCGAGUAUAGAAUUUCAUGAGAGAGGAAAAAAUCACAAACAGAAUGUUGCCGCCAAAAUCGACGAGAUUAAAAAGACUAGCAGUGACAAAGCUAAGAAGGUAGAAAAAAUGUCCAAGGAGUUUGCAGCAAUGGAAGAGGCUGCUAUGAAAGCGUACGAAGAUGACAUGAAAAGACUAAAAGCAGAAGCAGAAACUCCUGUUCAGACUCAAAGAAAAGCUCAAAAAUAUAAGGUUGAAGAUACUGUGGAACCUGACAGCAAGAUUGAAUCUGAUGACUGGGUCCAGGGAACAACUGACAAUGGACAAAUUUACUACUACAACACAACAACUGGAGAGUCUCAGUGGGAGAAACCAGAAGGAAUUCAAGGUCAAAGUGAGUCAUCAGCUACAGAAAAAACUGAGACAGGAAGUGUAUGGAUGGAAGCUACGAGCCCAGAGGGAUAUAUGUAUUACUAUAACACAGAGACUGGAGAGUCUACGUGGGAAAAGCCAUCUGCAUUUUCUCCUAAAGAGGGAAACCCAUCUGAAACAAACGUGGAACACAAGGUUCAAUUUAUCUCCCAGCCAGAAUCCCUCUCUGCCAAAGGGGCUUCAAAUUCCAAACAGUCUCAAGCUCCCAAAAUUAGCUUCAGGAAACGAAAGGAAGAAGUAGCAGACCUACCAAGGGAUUAUGAAAAAGAAAUUAAAGUGGAAGAUUUGCAAGAAGAAGAAGAAUAUAAAGGGAAUGUAGAAUCAUCUGCACCCACAGAAAAGAAAAAAACCCCUGCAAAGAAAAUCAGAAAGGCAAACCCAUAUGGAGACUGGGAACAGAUUCAGGAGGAUGAGGACCCAUAUGAAAAUGUGGAUUUGCAGCUGCCACAGAAAGAAAGUGGAGGUUCUACGUACAUGUCCUCUGAUGUUCCCCCAGAGCCCAAAACUAAGUUCAAGGAACGCACCAUCACCUCUCUGGGAGAUGAAAGCUUGGGAGCCAUAUUCAAAAAGAGAAAGACGGAGAACGGAAAACCCAAGAGCCUUCGGCAAAGAGAGAAGGACGAUUGAGAAUUUUAUGCCUUGGCAUCACUUCCCACAAAUAUUUUAAUAUACUACUUAUCGGAGCAUAAUUUCGAUUUUUUUACUGCUCUCAUCACUUCUGGAAAGUUUUUAGAUUUUGUAUUUGUUACCCGUUUGUGGUGUGCAUUUGAAAAAAAAAAUUCUCAAACUGACAA